UCCGCAGAACGAACGAGUUUUUUUGCGAUCCACUACUGGGUGCUCGUUUUGAUUGGACUUGUGCGGUUCGGUCGUUCCUUGUCUCGGUGCUACCUGCAGUUCUCUGCGAACGAAGAGUCGGACGAACCUCCAGCAUGCCGUCUCUAAGGUGGUGUAGGAUAAACAGCCAUGUGAUGUGACCUUUUUAAUACAUGCAUAGCGUAUCAUGAGUGUUCUACUCUUCGAGUGUAAGAGGCCAAAUUUUUGUGUAGGAUUACCUUUUGAUUUCCGGGAAUGACGGACAUGGCAAAGCCAACAAAGCGAGCAUGGAAACUCCAGGAGUUCGUGGCUCACGGCUCGACCGUCAAGUGUCUGGCGAUCGGCCGCAAAUCCGGCAGGGUGAUGGUCACCGGAGGCGAGGACAACAAGGUGAACCUGUGGGCCAUCGGGAAGACCAACUGCAUCAUGAGCCUGACGGGUCAUACGACGGCGGUGGAGUGUGUCAAGUUCUGCCCUGCCGAAGAGAUGGUCUGCGCGGGCUCUAUGUCGGGGGCUGUGAAGAUCUGGAACCUGGAAGCUGCCAAAAUGGUCCGGACGCUCGUAGGCCACAAGGGCAAUGUGCGGUGCAUGGACUUCCACCCCCAUGCAGAAUUUGUGGCAUCAGGGUCAAUGGAUUCCAGCAUAAAGCUUUGGGACACAAGAAAAAAAGGAUGCAUAUUUACCUAUCAGGGCCACACCAAAUGUGUCAACAGCUUGAAAUUUAGCCCGGACGGCCGGUGGAUUGCAUCAGGGAGUGACGAUGGCAGUGUCAAGCUGUGGGACCUGUCCGUGGGCAAGGUGCUGUUUGAGUUCCAAGACCACUGCGGUCCCGUGAACGACGUAGACUUUCACCCCAACGAGUUUCUUCUGGCGAGCGGCAGCUCGGACUGCACAGUCAAGUUCUGGGACCUGGAGAGCUUCCAGCUAGUCUCCUCCACUGGUGCCGGCUCAGGGACAGUGAGGUAUGGGCGAUUUGGUGGGACGCUGGCCAGUCGGGUUCAGGAACGAGUCAUCAUGCUCUCCUUGCGUGCUGCUUUCAGGUGCGUGUUCUUCAACCCGGACGGAGCCUGUCUCUUCAGUGGUGCCGAGGACUUGCUGGAGGUGUACGACUGGGAACCUAUCAAGACCUGCGACACUCUGGUCAUGGGCUGGAACGGAGUGGCCGACAUUUCUGUCUCGCACAAUCAACUGAUUGCUGGUGCCUUUUCUCUAACAAAUGUUGCUGUCUAUGUGAUAGACUUGAAAAGGGUCCAACCAAUGGGAAAGUUUCCAAGCAAUUCAUCUGAGCCUCAGUACAUCAGCAAAAGUCCCUUCAAAACAGGGUCCCAUGCAAGAAGAAGUUUCUCAAAAGAUAAACGGGUUUCGGAAGAGUUCCAAGUAAUGCACACAAAGCCUGUGGACGACGCAGACCCUUUUCUAUUGGAAGCGGAGCCAGGAGAUGCAGAUAUAAAGGACUUAGGAGACUACAACAAAAUAUUUCACCCAUCACAAGAAUUACUGGAAUCUGUGGACAAGAACAAAAUGUCACGUACUCCACCGAAGGACAACCCCUUCCCAGCCCCCCCAGAGGACAUGAUGAAGACACUGGCCACAGAGCCGCAGAGCAGCAAAGUGGUCCGUCUCUCGGGUGCCUCGAACCCAGGCGUGUUGACGGAGCGACCAAGGGGCAAUGUGAAGGAAGUGCGCCAGCUUAGCGUAACCACCCGUGUCACGACGGUCGACACGUCCUUCACUGCGCGAGCACGGGGAUCCUUGGUAGGUUCGGGCGCCCUCCUACCUCCCGAACCUGCGCAGAGCAUCAUGGCUGCGGUGCCUGGGUACAGCACUGUCGGGGUACUGCCCAGCAACCUGCCCGUACCUGUGAAUCGGAAUUCGCUACCCAGCAAGAGCAGCAGUCGUGCCAUGCCUACAGGACCCAUCUCGGCGGUCUCUACCAGUCUUGUGAAACCGAUGGAGAAGGCUACUGCCAUGGUUCGCACCUCCCAGCAUUUUUCUUGCACGCGGCAGGUGGAGAGUUCCACGGUGUCUGUUGUGCGGCCUGUGAUGAGUGUACUGCCAGACAGCAAAGAAGCUCUGACUCCCCAGAAGGCUGUCGUUCAUCCAGAACAGAAGCUCGUGCCAUCCCAAAGGGACGUGCCUGCGGGCUUAGACUUGGACGAGUUCCUCCCGCGCCACUUGCAAGCGAGCCACCACGGGGGAGGCUUGGGAGUCCCGGAGAUGUCGGAGGCCGAGGCCGUGGGCAGCAUCAUGGAACAGCACAAGACGAUCCUUGCAGUUCUUCACCACCGUCUCAGGAACAUCAAGAUUGUCCUCGCUCAGUGGAGCACAAAAGACCUCAAGAUGGCUCUUGAGACUGCUCUGAAUAUCCGGGACCAAUCAACACUUGUCGACAUUCUCAAUGUGAUUGCAAUGAGGCCUCAAAUCUGGACGUUGGAUAUGUGCCAGAUUGUGCUACCUGCCAUCUACGAUCUGCUUCAAAGCAAAUACGAAUCGCAUAUGUCGACCGGCUGCUCCUGCCUCCGUAUUAUCCUGAAGAACUUCGGCUCUGUCAUCAAGACGAACAUCACGGCUCCUCCUGGAGUGGGAGUCGACAUCCCCAGGGAAGAGAGGUACCACAAGUGCAUGAGCUGCUACAACCAGCUGUUCUCCAUUCGGUCGUUCCUGCUCAAGAGGCAGACCAUGCAGGGCAAGCUCGGACAUUUGUUCCGCGAAAUGCACAUCUUGAUGCAGGGCCUCGAGUGAACCGCCUCCGAGGCGGUCGAACUGUUCUCCUUCACCGCCACCUUCACCACCUCCACCGCCACCACUACCACCACCACCACCACCACCACCGACAGUGCCAUUGUGAAUAUCCUACCAUGAGUUGCCUAACGGUGUUCCUUUACGUUUGCGGACUCUGGCGUCGACGACGCAAAUGGCAACGCCACGGACAUAUACUCGUGCAUGCCCGCCGCGUCACUGUGUCCCGUUUUUGUGUGUUCAUGAUUUAUUUACUUGGGCGUGAUUAGUCCGUGUGUUCGUGGGUUCUUGUCUGGUCUGGUGCGCGCUGUCGCCUCGCCAACCCGUCAGCUCUGUUCUUGGGGUGUUUUUGUGCUCCCGACCGAGAGUAGUUGGAGGGAGUAAAUGACAAGGAAAGCCUCGGUGCUCUAUACUGCGUUUCACCUUAAAGCUGAUGAGACCAAUCAGACAGCCUCUCAUGGUGUUCGUCAUCGCUGAACCAAUCAGAAACAAAAAAGUCCCAGUGACUUGCGCUUUUCACGCUUGUUGAUUGGUCCCAUUAACUCGUAGCGUCGACUACGUUUGGGCUUAAGCGGAAACGAAGUAUAGUUGAAGAGCCUGAGGGCGAAUCGAAUCUCCGGGGCAGGACUUGGCAGCCAUCCUACGCGAGAGCUGAUGGGGCUCGCGCGUGGCCCAAUGGGUCGUGGGGAUUCGCAUGAAAAACAUUCAAUAAAUUUCACGUUUGGAUGACAUCGAAUGUAAAUUGCCCGAUACCGAGGAGUAAACUGAGGAGACUGUCAGUGUGCAUGCUUGUGUGCGUUUGGCUUACUUGAAGGUAUAUCGCGUACUGGAGAAUGCGCUGUGAUACAACGGCUGAAUGUUUGCGAGAGGAACCGCCCGAGAGAGAGAAAAAAAAAUAAUGUAAAUAUGCGUACUUACAUACUGUCUUUUAUCUUUGUGAGUGAGUGAUCUACAGAAUGGAGUGAUAUUUAUUAAGUAAAAAGUGAAGUUUUUUUCUUUCUUUAGUUCCUUACAUGGGAGUGUAGAGCAGGUUGCACAAAUGAACUUCGGUCUUUCUGUUGCUGUACCUUGCUUUUCUCGUGUAUGUCUUUUUUUGUUUGUUUUUAGUUUCUUUUACAACAUUCGUUUCGACUUGUGCAAGCACUGAGUGAAGCUAGAUGAGUAAGCGAGUGUGGAGAAGGGAACUCUCACGGGCUCUUUUCCUGUCAUGUAUAAUUUCACCGACAACAGUCUGUGAGAGUCAUGUUGAAAAGGGUGUCUGUCGUUCUUGGCUUCGUGAACGAGCGACGUUCGAAGCUGUUUUGUGAGAGUCGGUAAAGAUGUUUCGGCCUGCUUUCAACAUCCAUAAAUUGGGAGUGUGUGUGCGCGCGGAGAUGCCUGACAUGAACGCGAGCAAGCGUUGCUCCGGUAGUUAGUGAUGCAAAUUGUAAAAGCUUUUCGGGGUAAGGCCUUUCGCGUUCAAUGCAGUGAGUUGGCCAACAUGUGCGCUCGUGCUGCCAUAUACAAAACGGUCUUGGAAAUGAAAAGGCCGUUGGUUUUUAUCGUUAUUUGUAGUUGCCUUGACACUCUGUGCACUUUAGCGUGCUCAGAGUUUUUUUUUAUUUUUUUAUUAUUGGGUUUUAAGACGUUUGUAGAAAAUGUUCACAUCUUGCAAAUGCGAGCUCCUGAGCGUGUUGCGUUUUGUCCUUUUGCAAGGCGUGUUUAUUUUGAAAUUCACUUUAUUAAAAACGGGCGCAGAGCUCAUAGCAAAAUGUCUGACAUGCACAGCGUUAUGUGCAGUAAACUAAAUUGUGUGUAUUUUUCAUCGUUGCCUCUGGCUGCUUCACGUGGCAGCGCGAUGUUUCCCUGCGAAUUACGAAAAUUCGAUGCCGAGUACGCUGAAGCUUCACGCUGGAGCUCGGUUUUCGCGAGGUUCGACCGAAUGAACCUCUUUCGCAUUUCCCUCUUCGGACGAAUGUUGCCUCGGAAUAUCUGACAGAAGUCGCGCUCUUUGCGGUGGGAUACGAUACCAAAUUGGCUGGCGCCUUGCUGGCGUGCUGGAUGCGCCCGGUCCACGUGCAUUCGUCGAAACAACGACGAUGCGAACGAAAGUUUAUUCCGUGUGAAACGGAAAAAACCGGAGCUGGGGCGAUUAUUUUCCUUUCAGCUGCCGCCGCGGGGUCUGCGUCGCAUUUUCGAAUUCGUACGAAACUAUCGCACACACCGUAUGGAACAGCCUAACCUCGUGUUUUCGUGUAAGUAGAUUAGCGAGCUGAGGAUACACGACUCAUUCUUUUGUACGCAACUAAACCGACAUACUGCCAAGCACAUGUCUUGUGCUUUUUUUUUUUUUUUAAACUAAACUUUAAGGGGAGGGAGGCGGUUUAGCUAUAUAGGUUUUCAACUGAGCUCUCUUGAGAGCAUGCAGAUGCUCACUGUUUUCCCGAAUUGCAUUUGCGCAAUCUUCGUGCUCGGAGUAUCACUGAGCAACGGGCCAUCUCCAAACUCUUGUUGUGUAGCAACGCAACGUGUGUCAAGACGAUGUAAACUAUGAAUCGUAGUAUUCGCGUUAUUAUUACGAUAUAAAGAAAACCACGCGUAGCAGUAAACAGGCAGUGUCUGCGUGACGGAACCAAAUGUUCACUGCGGCUGGUUCAGCGCUGCGAGGCUUCCGUUCCGUCGCCGCUGUGUAUGAAACGCACUCCCAAGUUCCUUAAACUGCCUCUAGGCGGCAUUUUGUUAUCGAAGCGUGUUAUCCGUCCAACGCCCCCGUGGCGCGAGAUUUGAAAGUUGGAUGGCGUUUGACCUUUCGAAUCCUCCUCUUCGAUAGAUGCGGUAAACUUGAAAUAUGUUUUUUUUUUUUUUUUUUUUGUGUGUGAUUAACGAACUUCCUAUUCUCACCGAAAUCUUGGGAUGGUUCGCGUAAUCACCCGCAUAUCGGGCCCGUUCGUAGUGGACUUUUUCAACAAUUCGGUAAAUGUUUUUUUACCCGAACCUUGCGUGAGCCAGUGGACAAAGAAUUCAUGCCGUGAAAUUCCCUUUUGCCGUGUUUGGACCCCGAGUACGUGAAGAAUGGUGCUCGAAUCGCGGAGCGCGGUAGCUUUAGUCCGUAAAUUAGCAAAUCGAUUGGUACUGACUUUGUGUACGUGGGACCUCAGAGGUGCCAGAGAUUACAAGCGACUGCGUUACUCGCACUACGAGUCGCUCGUGUAUGGUUGCUGUCGGUUUUCAGUCAAACACCGAGUGGAAAUACACGCGAUCAAGGUGGCGUAAACUAGGCUGAAUUGCGUAAAUUUUCGAGGAACAUCACAAACUCCGUAGCAGACAGGCGCUAAACCAACUCUCAAACUGGAUUUCUGCGUGUUCGAAUAUUUUAUUUUUGAUUUGUUGGGUCUCCUGUCUGCAAGGAGUUCGGAAUCGAUAAAACCCGUAGAACUCUGACCACUAAACAGUUCCCAACAUUCCAACCCGUCUUGAUCGAACGUCUGAAAUUGAAACAUCUUCUGAUUGCUUCGAAACUACCUCAGCUAGCCUAGCUACCUCAGCUGGCUCUCAUUGGAACGCAUUUUGCAUCAGGGUUUGGGCACAUUAGUGAACAGAACACAACUGGCGCGAAGGCCGCAAGUACCCUAUAAAUGUGUGGCACACGCGCUAGUAAGAAAGGCUGAUUCCACGCGAAGUACAUGGUGCCUCGUGAUUUUGGCCUAUUUCGGUGCAAACAGUACGUCGCGAUGCUCGGUUGCGGAGUAAGUCUCACGAAGGGGCACGGUCAUACAGGGCGAGUUGUGCUCCUUGGAUGGCGCGAACCGAUGGCAGAAACGUCUCGCUUCAUCUUGUAGCAAGUUGUCAGGAUGGCGUAUGUGCGUCGCGCGUCCUUCGGCGAAACCGAGGAAGGGUGAAAUGUGCCGCCCUUACGAUGUCUGUCCUCCUUCAAACUGAGUGGUUGUUACCGGCAGGGAAAACGACGAAGCUUUACUGUGUGCGGGCCUUUUCGGGCGGCUCAGACUGUUCAACUCGACCGGUUUCGUGUUCUCUGCUGUUCCUGCCGGCGUUUGUGUGUACAUACUACGCGAAGUGGGGUAAGGACAUCAUUGAAGAAGCUCGAAGCGGGCUCCGUCAUUUCCCCGACGCUGCCUGACAUCGUGUUGCGUCGAAGCAGCGCGAAGGACGCGGGUGGUGCAGUGGACUUGCUGUCGCACACACUGAACGAAACCAACCUUGCCUUCUGUCGGUUGUCGAGGACGACCUCCGCCAUGUUCUUUCUGGUGCGUGUUACUCGACUAACUUUGGCGUCGUAGGAGCGAGCGAGCGAGUUGUGUUGUGUUUUCUCCCGAUUGUGUUAUUUAACAGCGUAGAGUGGUUGUGUUUGACGAUUGCGCACGUUGACCAUGAGCAUAACCGUUCGCCAUGUUUUUUUUUUUUUACUUCGCUGCUGGGAAUUUGCUUUCCGGCCGCCGCCCUGGCAUUGCCGUUCGGGGCGGACGUGGUUUUCGACCUGCGAACAGUCAACGUCUGCGUGCUGACAAUAAAGUGCUACGGCGUGUGUUCGCA